AUGCAGUUAUCGUCAACAGGCCAUGAUGGUUCAACAACCGUAGACGGUUUAAUAUAAAAUGAUUCAUUCUAUGGUUCUAUGGGGAGUAGCAAUGAUCUAGCAACUCACACGACUUUGCCUUCAGAUAGUAGUCCAUUUAGAGAAAAAUACGAAAUAGAUGAGGAUGGUGAGCUCUUAGGAGAAGGAACACAUUGUGUUGUAAGAGAGUGCAAAUGUAAAGUUACGCUUUAAAACCAUGCGGUAAAAAUAUUUAGAAGUGAAGACGAAGAGAUGUUUAUUCAUGCUGAAAGAGAAUUUAAGAUUUUGGAAAAGCUCAAGGGAAAUCCUAAUAUUGUCUAGGGUAUUGAAUAUAUCCCUGAAUUCCUAAGAAGUAGAGGAUAUUUAGUAUUGGAAAAAAUAGAGGGUCAGCAUAUUCUCCAUCUAAUUGAAAAUGGACCAGUGAGCGAAGAACAAGCAAAGACUAUGAUUAAAUAAGUUAUAAGCGCUGUUGAUUAUAUGCACGAAAAUGGAGUUGUUCAUAGGGAUCUAAAUCCAACAAACGUAUUUCUCGUAGACUAAAAGACUUUAUAAAUAAAGAUACUUGAUUUCAAUGUUUCAAAACUAGUUGAAAAUUAGAGAUCUCGAAGAAAUUCUCUUGAUGAGGAAGAAUCUAAAAGCUACUAAUCCUCUCCCUCUAAAAAUGGGAAAUAUAAAUAUUCCCUUUUUACAAAGACUGGGACUCCUAUUUAUUCCGCUCCAGAAAUGCAUCAAGCCUAUAGAUAUACAGAGGCAGUUGAUAUGUGGGGAAUAGGCACAAUUCUAUAUACAUUGCUGAUGGGAGAGCCUCCAUUUUAUGAAUCUUCUAUCCCAGUAUUAAUGAAAAAAGUAUAAUCUGCAGACUAUGAUAGAAGUUCUCCUCAAUGGUAAAAUCUGUCACUACUUGGCUAAGAAUUUAUUAUGGGUCUUCUGGAAGUCGAUCCAUUGAUUAGAUUUACUACAAAAGAAGCCCUUGCUCAUCCAUGGUUUAUAUAAUGA